GGUGGCACCAAGGUGGCACCAAGGUGGCACCAAGGUGGGUCCAAAGUGGCAACAAGAUGGCACCAAGGUGACACUAAGGUGGCCCCAAGGUGGCUCCAAAAUGGCACCAAAAUGGCGUCAAGGUGGCAUCAAGGUGACACCAAGGUGGCACCAAGAUGGCACCAAGGUGGCACCAAGAUGGCGCCAAGACGGCGCCAAAGUGUCACCAAGGUGGCACCAAGGUGGCACCAAGAUGGAUCCAAGGUGGCGCCAAGGUGGCACCAAGGUGGGUCCAAAGUGGCAACAAGAUGGCACCAAGGUGACACUAAGGUGGCCCCAAGGUGGCUCCAAAAUGGCACCAAAAUGGCGUCAAGGUGGCAUCAAGGUGACACCAAGGUGGCACCAAGAUGGCACCAAGGUGGCACCAAGAUGGCGUCAAGGUGGCUUCAAAAUGGCACCAAGGUGGCACCAAAAUGGCGCCAAAGUGGCACUGAGGCGGCUAAAAAAUGGCAUCAAGAUGCCAUCAAGGUGGCACCAUGAUGGUUCAAAGUGGCACCAAGGUGGCAUCAUGGUGGCAUCAAGGAUGGAUUUGAUCCAGGAGGGGACAAAUGGGGACAAACGAGGGACAAUGUGGGACAAUGAAGACAAAUGGGCACAAUGGGGACAAACGAGGGACAAAUGGGGGAAAAUGGUGACGAACGAUGACAAAAGGGGGAGAAAAGGUGACAAACAAGGACAAAUGGUGACAAACAGUGACAAAGGGUGACAAAAGGUGACAAAUGAGGGACAAAUAGUGACAAAUGAUGACAAAGAGGUGACAAAAGGUGACAAGGAAAAACGGUGACAAAGGGUGACAAAAGGUGACAAACAAGGACAAAUGGGAGACAACCGAUGACAAAAGGUGACAAAAGGGUGGCGAAAGGUGACAAACAAGGACAAACGGUGACAAACAAGGACAAACGGUGACAAAUGAUGAGAAAAUAGGGACAAAAGGUGACAAACAAGGCCAAACGGUGACAAACAAGGCCAAACGGUGACAGACAAGGCCGAAAGG